CGAAACUGGAGCGGACUAAACUUUAUUUCUCGGUUACGGUCCUGAUGUUCGUUGAUACGCUUGUUGCGCACGCUCACAUCGAUUUUACUCACAGCUGAUACAUUUUCAGCUGCACAGUUUCUCUUGUCAGUUCUGCAUUGUGUAAAGCGUGUUAGAAACACGUAACACGCUGUAAUAGGCAUGUCUUCUGGCGAUUCGUUCAGUGACGUAAGUGUGUUUCUUUUUUAACAACUUCUCCACGUUCACAGAGAUCACGUUAUCACUCGCUACUAUGUUUGCACGAAAGCCGGUGAAUUCGCACGCAUAUGCGCAUCAAUUCAUGUCAAGGACUGAACUCGACAUUGCCGUUACAUAGUUAAAACAGUGCUUUCUACAUUUCUGGGAUGUAAUCAACACCGCCGACAUGGCGUGGAGUUUCUCGAUGCACACCGGUCGAGAAGCGCACGAAAAAGUACGGUUACAAUAAGUGAGGAACGGUUGUAGAUGAGAAACAGACAGCAUGUCUUCCAAAGGAGAACCAUGAGAGCCUCUUCGCUCUCGAGUUCCAGCACGAGUUCUGUAUAUACCAGCGCCGACGAUGUGCGCCGGUGCACCGGUCACGAGGGGAAUCAGUUUCUCGAUUCAGAGAAUGUUGGAACCGCCUGGCUGCUCGAUUCGCAUCGUUCGCAAAAUAGAUCGAAAUGGGUGAUCGAAACAUUUAAAGUAAACAAAUCACGGUUACGAAACGGGCGAAACAUAAUCUUCAGCAUCGGUGUUGUAAUCGUGUUGGCAAUCAUCAUAAGCCUCGGUGUUUGCAUGCGUGAUAAUAUCUCAGACUCACAACAUGACAAAAUUCUUGUACUGCCCGAUCCGGAAAACUUACAGCCGCCAUCGUGGAGCAAGUUAAAAACUUUCAAACGCGGUGCUGUUUGCGCGGACGGAGCACCGUGUGCUGUUAUCGGCAAUUCAAUUUUAGAACAGAAUGGAUCGGCAGUGGACGCUGCGCUGGCCGCGCUAAUAUGCAACGGACUCGUAAAUAUGCAAAGUCUGGGAUUUGGCGGUGGAUUUUUGAUGACAAUUUACGAAAGAUCUACGUCUCAGGCUUUUGUUCUCAAUGCUAGGGACCGCGCACCUCUCGCGGCGAAUUCUACGAUGUAUAAUGGCAAGCCCGCAGAUGCGUCGGUACUCGGCGCAUUGGCGGUCGCCGUGCCCGGUGAACUGGCCGGCUACUGGGAAGCUCAUCAACGAUUCGGGAAACUGCCUUGGGCAGAUUUGUUCCAACCGAGUAUCGAGCUCUGUGAAAAAGGCUAUGUUUUAACACUGGUGCAGUAUGACGCGCUGGAGUACAAUAAAAAAAGCAUUUAUAACGAUGCAACUUUAAAAGAAUUGUUCCUCGACCCUGUGACGAAGCAAUUUCGUAAACCAGGAUCCAUCAUUAAACCCCACGCACUUUGCAAAACACUGCGAAUUAUUGCGGAGAAAAACGCGACGGAAUUUUAUAACGGCACCAUUGGACAACUUCUCGUCGACGAUUUGCAGGAACAGGGUGGGAUUAUAACAAUGCAGGAUCUUAAUGAAUAUAGAGUAUCGUGGGAUCAACCGAUACAGACGAAUCUCUCGGGCGGAAUAAAGCUCUUCACGACAGGACUACCCGGUAGCGGAAGCAUUCUCUCAUUUAUUCUCAACGUCUUCGACGAUUACGGUUUCACGCCGGCCAGCAUAGCUGAUUUUAACGCGACGACGCUCACGUAUCACAGGAUGAUAGAGACGUUUAAGUAUGCAUAUGCUUUAAGGACGAAUCUAGGCGACGGAGCUUUCGUCGAUAUGACCGAAAUAACCAAAAACCUGACGUCAAAGGACUUUGCACGCGCGAUACGAAAAAAAAUAAGCGAUAACAGAACGUGGCACGAUCCGCGACAUUACGGCUGUUCCAUCGGCGCCGGUGUCGAGGAUCACGGCACUGCACACGUGUCGGUGCUCGCACAAAACGGCGAUGCCGUGUCGAUUACCAGCACCAUUAACUAUUAUUUCGGGAGCGGAGUCGUCAGCAAAAGAACCGGCAUUCUGCUUAACAACGGUAUGGACGAUUUUGGCAUUCCGUUGAAGCACAAUUACUUUGGUAUACCACCCAGCCCUAACAAUUACAUCGCGCCUAAAAAGCAGCCGCUAUCUUCGAUGGUGCCAUCCGUGUUCGUCGACCAGCACGGUGAUGUCAAGAUGGUCGUGGGCGCCGCUGGCGGUACAAAAAUUACAACCGCCGUAUCCCAAGUGAUUGCAAAGAUCUUUUGGAUGCAGCAGACAGUUAAAGAAGCGGUGGACUCGGCAAGGAUACAUCAUCAAUUGUUUCCACCGGAAGUGGCUUACGAAUAUGGGAUUCCUAAGCAAGUGAUUGACGGCCUGAAGCAGCUGGGACACGCUGUGGAACGCUACAGAGAGCGCGGCAGCAUAGCCUGCGUGUUGUUCUACGCAAAUUCCACGAUUUUCGCAAACGCCGAUUAUCGCAAAGGCGGCGAUGUUUACGGAAUUAACUGAUGCGCGCGAUUAUCUCGUCGAUCCGAUAAUCUUGUUACGCGACCAUCCGCAUGCGAAAUAAUAGGGAAAAAUGUCCUAUUGCCGGGUACCGUUUGUAUUUGUUUAAAUUCUGACCAAAUAGUUCCCUACCCUUUUCUACUAGUCACAAGAGGCAGUUUCAGAGUGCAACCCUUAAGAGUCAAGAAAAGCACGUACCCAGAGUUAGGAAACCACCCGGCAUUCGGGCACCUUUCCCUAGAUUUUGUUUGAACUCUACAUCGAAUCUCUUCUUGUGAUUCUCGUGAUUGUUAUCAUGCCGGUGUAUGCGAUCAAUCUUGUUAUCGUUACUGGCGAGACAUUCGCGUUAGAAAAAUCGCCAUAAUAGUAUUACGUUUAGUAUUAUUCUUUACAUGUUCCUCAUCGGCCGCACGUUAUCCUUGUACUGGUUGCGUUCUUUCUUCCAAUGAUAUGUUCAUAUUUUGUCAAAUUUAUUGUCGUCUUUUGAACUUUCGCGAUAUUUAAGAAUACAAAACAAACAUGUGACGGCGUAAAUAUGAAUUUUAUUUAUUCCGAUUUUGCUGAUAUUAUGUUCGUACGAUUCGUAUUUUUAGCAUGUUGUGCGGCCGUACAACGCUCCGUGGAUAUGGUACUUGCUUACCUCUAAUCUUGUGAUGUUUUUUAUAGAUGUGAAGCCUUGACGCCGACAUAUUGUUACGAUUUACUUCCUAUUUAAAACUAUUCCAUUUUAUAUAUCACGUGUUUCAGAUUUCACGACUGCACGUUCUAGAAUAAAGUUUCUUAUUCUACGAAAUUGUCAAAAGAAUUUUUCUAUAAUUGUAUUAAGUAAUAAAAAGAAAUUUUAAUAAUAAUAAUUCUAACAAUACACGAUGACAGAAUGUAUACUGUUGAUGAUAACGCAUCUUGAAAACUUUCUUUCGUAUAUCUUCCUUUCCUUGGUAAUUCGUACAAUAAAGUAUAUAGUU